AUGAAUAAUGAUGAUCAAGAAAGGCUUAAAAGGCAAAGAGAAAUUCGAUUAGGAAUUAUAAUUUAUUCAUCGGUGAAAAAGGCAAAACUCGUAAAACGAAAACCAAACAAUCGGAAAAAGAGAAAUUUCGUGAGAUUGUACGUGAUUUCAACCCUGCUUUAUGAAGUGGAAAAAUGGGUCAACGUAUGUGUAAUGUAUGGGUCGAUGGUGAGAUCUUGA